GCUAAAGACAUUUCACCUGAUCUCUUAAACUCUUCGAUUGACAACAUAAAGUCUCCUAAUGGAAGUUUUCCUGUUUGUGUACAACCUUUUUGUAAUUAGUACACUACUUAGAUCUACAGAGAUAUACACAACAGCACCACCACCAUGUACUAACGUCAUAGACAACUGCUUUAAUUUUGGCAUUUUUGUGUGCCAUGAUAAAAGAUAUCGCGCAUGGGCAGCGAACAACUGUAGACUGUAUUGUGGAUACUGCGGUGAUACUGGAUUUUAUGGAAAAUGUCGUUAUAAAGGGGUCACGUACCAUCAGGGAGAAACAUGGACUGACGGGUGUGAUUACGAUUGUGAGUGUGUAGAUGGACAUACUGGAAGAUAUUCAUGUAAAAAUAGGUAG